CCCCUGGGGAGCCACGGCCACACGGGCCAAGAGCCAAGGGAGCAGCCUGAUGUCCCUCUGCCGGGCCUUCCGCGGGCGACCUCCCUGGACACAGGAUGGCCACCAGGCCCAGCCUUUCCUGCGGGCGACGUGGAGGGGAGCCUUCCUGCCGCUCAGAUCUGCUUCCUGCCGGUGAAGGAGCCACCCCCGGGAGACCCCCAGACCGGCCCCAGCCCCCAGCCGGCGGAGGAAAAGACCCGGGCUCUGACGGGAAGCCCAGCAUCACACUUCCAAGGCCAGAGUCGACCCUCCCUGAGCGCAGGGUGUCCCCACGGCCCCCAGGAAGCCCGUCAGGUGGCUGAAGGCGGCGGGAGUCCCGCGGGGUUGGAACCGGGGCUGGACUUUGCCGGCAUCCCCGUGGAGGGUCCUGCCACUGUGGAGGCUGCUCAGAGCUGCUCAGGGGAGCAGAGGGUAGAGACCUGUCCGCAGGAGAACCCCCACACCCCUUUCUUCUGCCUGGAAGCUGCCCCACCGACCUUGUCUCCUGGUGACGCCCCCACCACUUCAAGGGCCCCGCUCUUACAUGAGGACCAGUCCCCAGCAGCUGAGGUGGUGGCACCCCCAGCCCUGCACGAGGGUGGCCCCCCGGCCGGGCUCAUGGCCCCUUGGGACCUGGGCUCCGAGUCCACCCCCAGCGCCUGCUCAGAGGCGUCUUCUCCAUGGUCCACUGCCGCCUCCUCGGGGAGCCUCCCGUCCUGCCCUUCCCUCCAGGAGUUUCAGAAAGCAUCCGCCAUCCUGGUCCAGCUUUCCGAGAGCCCCACCUCCCUCUCGGAUGGGGAAGCCAGGGGCACUCCAGACACAGACCUCAGCUGGGCUGGGGGGCUCCCUGCUCUGGACUCCUGGGAGUCCUACCGGGGUGGAGGGCCGGAGACCUGGGGGGGGCUGGAGGGCACUGAGGCCCUUUCCGGGCACAGCUCUGGCACUGGGGUGGGUGGCCUGGCUCUGGCAGGGGGUCUCCCCGUUGCCCAGUCUCUGCAGUCAGGGUUGGAGCGGUCCGAGUUGUCCAGCGAGGUCUGGGGCUGGGAGAGCCCACGGGGCCCUGGCGCCGGUGCGGGGCCAGUCCCAGGGCGCUGCUUGCCUGUAGGACAUGCAUCCCACUUGGAACAGGCGGGGGUACCCCUUGCCCUGCCUCCCGUCCUGGGCUCAGGGAAGGGGCGGGAAGAUUCUGGAACCAGUGGGAGCGCGACCAGUGGAUCAGACACAGGAAAAGCUCAGCGGCGGUCCCGGGAGGCUGCAGGAGCAAGGCUCCCAUCCCAAACCUCUUCCUCGGGUGAUUUACACUUGACCCUUUCCUUCCCCUCUGGGACCUCGGUCUCUGAGUUUGGCCAAAGAGGAGAAACAGUGCCUCCGCAGGCCUCGGGUGGCUGCCCAGAGGGGCUCCGGGGCACUCAUCCGAGCCCUUCCACUGAUGGGAAACCUGUUCGGACCUCCUCUGAGCCUGAGGUCCUCUUGAUGCCAGGGGCUCCUCCUGGGGACCCCGGUGGGCAGGCAGCCCAGACAGCUGAGGGCUGGGCCCCUGGGUGUGGGGGAAGCAGAGCCCCCCCUGUCCUGAAGGAAGCCUGCACUCCUCUGGCCGGCGGCGUCUUACCUGAGAUCCUGUCCCCGAUGGGCGAGGCGCUGUCCCAAAGCAGCUUGGACCUCCCGCCCUCCACCCAGAGGGACGCUUGCCUCCCUCCUCUGCCUCCCACCCUCCCAGCGGAUGGGGAGGCCGACCCUGCCAGCCCCCACUCAGAAGACUUCCCUACCCCGCCCGAAGAUGCUGUGUGUCCUGGGGUCUCACUGGACACCCCAGGGGAAGCUGCCUCCCUCAUUAUGGGAGAGUGGUCCUCCUUGUCUGGGGAGGGUCUGUCUGAGUCACCGUCCCCAGGGCCCCAGGAGGAGGCCAGGCUCUGCCUCGGGGUGGCAGGACAGGGCAGAAGCCUUGGGGAAGUACUGGGUGAAUCAGGUUCUGUUGGGAGGGACCAGGCCAUGGACAGCCGGUUGUCUGAACCAGUCAGCUUGGGGUCUCCCUGCUGUGGGGGAGCAGGGGAUGCCCCGGGGUGGCUCCCAGUGCUGUCAGCGCAGCCCCUGACCCUGUCUGGAGUGGCCUGUGCGUCUGUGGAGAGUCUGGUGGCUGGGGACCCAGGGCUGCCUGGCUCAGGGCAGGGGGACCCUGCUCUGGCUCUGGGUGCCGGACCGCAUGCUGCCCUGCCGGGCGUGCAGAGAGCCGAGGUGGUGGGCCUGCUGUCCGCCCAGCUCAGCAGCAGGGUUCUGAGGGACGCCCUGGCCGUGCUCUCGGAGGCAGCCCCAGCAGGCAGCCCGGCGGCCGAGGGGCCCAGCCGGGGCACGCGGGCUCACACGGCAGCCACUGGGCAGUCGUGGGGAAGGCUUGACUUCUGA